AUGAGUACCAUCCAGAAUCUCAAGAAUUUCAUACGUCAUGGCAAACAGGCUCGCCUGGUGACGCCGCAUGCCGAACCUACCACCAACGUUUCCCCCAUCCAUGCCGAGCAACAACGUCAGCCCCAGCGUACCUACCCUCCCGCCGCCGGGAACCUCGAUGCCAUCGACAGCAAAUUGGGUCACUCCCAGGCCCAGCCUCAGCCCGCCCAAAAGUCCCCCGAACAACCGCACUCCCGUCGUGCCCGCGACGCCGAACUCGAGCAGAUCGUCGCCGAGGAAAAGAGUGUCCGCUCCAAGAUGCCUCGCUACCCGGGCCUCGAACGAUGGAUCCUGAUGGAGAAGAUGGGCGACGGCGCCUUCAGCAACGUGUAUCGCGCCAAAGAUACCACCGGCGAAUAUGACGAGGUGGCCAUCAAGGUCGUCCGGAAAUUCGAGAUGAACAGCAAUCAGCGGGCCAACAUCCUCAAAGAAGUACAGAUUAUGCGACAGAUCGACCACCCGAACAUCGUCAAGCUCGUGAACUUCUCCGAAUCGCCCCAAUAUUAUUAUAUCGUGCUGGAAUUGUGCCCAGGAGGCGAAUUGUUCCACCAGAUUGUCCGAUUAACGUAUUUCAGCGAGGAGCUUAGUCGACAUGUCAUCGUCCAGGUUGCCGAGGCGAUUGAGUAUCUUCACGAGACGUCCGGAGUGGUACAUCGGGACAUCAAACCCGAGAAUCUUCUUUUCUACCCGAUCCCCUUCGUUCCGAGCAAGCAUCCCAAGCCUCGUCAGCCCGGCGACGAAGACAAGGUAGACGAGGGCGAGUUCAUCCAUGGUCAGGGCGCUGGCGGAAUUGGAAAGAUCAAGAUCGCCGAUUUCGGUCUCUCCAAGGUCAUCUGGGAUAGCCAAACGAUGACCCCUUGCGGUACCGUUGGUUACACCGCCCCCGAAAUUGUUAAGGACGAAAGAUACUCCAAGAGUGUCGACAUGUGGGCCCUCGGUUGCGUGCUCUACACCCUCCUCUGCGGUUUCCCCCCCUUCUACGACGAGAGCAUUCAGGUCUUGACCGAAAAGGUGGCCCGGGGCCAGUACACCUUCCUGUCGCCUUGGUGGGAUGACAUCUCCAAGUCGGCUCAGGAUCUGGUCUCGCACCUCCUGACGGUGGAUCCCGUCAAGCGUUUUACCAUCAAAGAGUUCCUUGCUCACCCGUGGAUCCGUGGGAGUAACGAGGAAACGAGCGCUGCCGAAGAUGCGCCCCCACUAGCGACUCCCCUCAGCACACGCCAGGCCCAACAAACACCUUUGGACGCCGUCGGAGCGGAUCAGGCCCCAUAUGCGCCCGCAAGCGCGCGCCUUGGAGACCUGCCCUCCGCCGGGCUGGAGCGUCCCAUGGAUUUCCGAUCUCCAGGUGCGAUCAACCUCCGCGAGGUUUUCGACGUUGGUUAUGCCGUCCACCGCCAGGAAGAGGAAGCGAAGCGACGCAAGAACUUCAAGCACGUCUACCGUGGAUCCAAUUCGACGGCCGGAUUCCAAUCCGCGCUGAACCCGCUUAAUGAAGACUAUGAUGAUGACGACGCCGACAUCGCCUAUCAGAGCAUUGCUGAAGACGAGUAUCCUCCUUCGAAGGUCCACAAGAGCACUAAUCAGGCAAAGGAUGUGGCUAUGAUGGAAGCCAAGUUGCGAUCGACCAACCUCGGUGCGGCUCCCCCCAGUCAUGCCGCGCAAGCUCGGCAAGCGAACCAGCCCCGACAACAACCACAGGGUUACGGACAACAUAGUGUCGCGGUUGCCACCGCCGCAAAGCAGAAGGCUGCUCAGUCAGCGCGGCAGCCAUUCGAGCUCAACUUGGGCAAUGCUUCGUUGCUAGAAAAGAGAACUAGACGACACCAACCUGUUAGCUGA